CGUCCUCCCGUCCCGGGUCCGUCGUGAGGGGAGCGGAGCCGGCAGCCCUGGAGCGCUCGCUGCAGAGAUGGUGUCGCUGCUGCCGCGCAUCGAACGGCUCUCGUCGCGGGUGGUGCGGGUGCUGGGCUGCAACCCGGGGCCCAUGACCCUACAGGGCACCAACACCUACCUGGUGGGCACCGGGCACAGAAGAGUCCUUAUUGACACCGGGGAGCCAGCUAUUCCUGAGUAUAUCAGCUGUUUAAAGCAGGCACUGUCAGAGUUCAACAUCGCGAUUCAAGAAAUUUUAGUGACACACUGGCAUCGUGAUCAUACUGGUGGAAUACCUGAUAUCUGCAAAAAUAUCCCAAAUGACUCGGAAUAUCGCAUAUGUAAGCUCCCUCGUGUCCCUCACUGUGAAGAAACAAUAGAAGGGGGACAUAAAUAUUUUUAUCUUAAAGAUGGAGAUGUGAUACAGACAGAGGGAGCCACACUCAGAGUUUUAUAUACACCAGGACACACUGAUGAUCAUAUGGUUUUACAUCUAGAAGAAGAAAAUGCUGUAUUUUCUGGUGACUGUAUUUUAGGGGAAGGAACAACAGUAAUAGAAGACCUGUCUGAUUACAUGAAAACCUUGAAAAAAUUGUUAGAAAUGAAACCAGAUUUGAUUUAUCCAGGUCAUGGCCCAGUAGUACGUGAUGCAAAUACUAGAAUUCAGAACUACAUUUCUCACCGACUUGCACGUGAACAGCAAAUUCUAAAUGUUUUCCAGAAGAAUACUGGGAAAUCAUAUACAUCCUCGGAGCUUGUAAAGCUAGUAUACAAGGAAAUCCCUGAAAAUUUACUUCUAGCAGCAGAACAUAACCUCCUAGUCCACUUGAAGAAGCUGGAAAAAGAAGGACAAGUGUUACGUGAUGAAACUCCCAGCUUCAGAUGGAAAAACAAUUUAUAAAUUAGGCAAGAUUGUUCAGGAAUGUAUUUAAUCUGCAUGGUCGCUGUAUGAAAAAUCAUAACGAUAAGCUGGGACUAUAUGUAAAAUAAAAACGAACUUUUACUUAUUUUUUUAAAAAGUGGUAACGAUUUUAAAGCAAUGUUACAGUAAGUUAACAUGUUUUUCACAUUCUACUUCACUGAAAUUUUUAAAAUACUCUGAGUACUGAGUUAAUAAUAUGGAAUGAUUGCGAAGAACUGAAUCUUACCUUUGUUAUAAAAUGCUGAGUAUUACCAUUGGUGGCAAAAGACAAAUAGCAAGGUCUUAUAAACUUAAUAUUAUCUUAAACCAAUAUUAUAAACCUAAUAAAUCACAUACAUAAAAGAACUCUCUAGUAAAAAAACCAGAAAAUAUGUUAUUCUAAAUCUGGUUUCACCUGCUUGUGCUUCUCAAAAAGUGAUUUUCUAGUAAGUUAUCUGUACAUUCUAAAAAAACAAGUUGUUUUUGCUAACAGGUGUAAAUACUAUGUUCCUUUUCUAAUUCAACAGACUGUACUCAUCUUUGCUGGUUGCUUAGUGCAAUAGAUCUUAACAAACACUGAAAGUAAUUUCAGGCUUUUGUUUUUUUUCGUGGAAACACAAUUUCUAUGGAAUUCAUUCAAAGGAUUCAUUAAUUUUAACUAAUGAGUGUCAAAAAAUGCACAGCGUUGGAGCAGACUCUUAAAUUCUUUAUAAGAUUCUGCAAGAAUGUGAUUAAAAAGCUGUAUAAAUUGAGAUAUGUAUUACAUGCCAUAUGAAGUUAACCUUGUCUGUGACAUCAUGACUAACAAUUAAGUUCUGCUGUUAAUCCAUUUAAAGUAGAAAUAUUUUAACUAAAAGGUUGUAUUUGGUUGUAAGAUACUGUAUAGUGUAUUAAAAUACAUUUGGAGAUUAAAUUAAAGUGCAAGUUAAUUUCUCUGUGAACCUUAUACUUGCAGAAUAGUAUAUAAAUAUUUGCAUUACUUUGUGUAUUCAAAGUGUGUGACAUUUGAUGAUAUAUACAUUUCUAAUCAUAUUACUCAGCCUUAAAAAAAAAAGCAGAUCUGAGAUGAUGAAAAUAUCAAGGACAAAUAUAUGUCCUUGAAAACUUUUCACCAUUCAAUCCUGUACCCUCAUUUUUGAAACUUGCAUAUAUGUUUGAGUACUUAAGGCACGUCUUAAUAAUUGACAUUUCAUGAACCUGAUGGCAUUUGUUCUGAUAAGCUGAGACAAAUCCAAAACCAAAACACUCACAGGAAUAGCAACCUAAAACUGAAAUCAUAUUCUGAAGUAGUAGGCAGACCCCUGAAGAAGGGAAAUAAUCACUUUCUGCUAAAAUGAUGCUUCUUGCAAACUUCAUUGAUCUAAAAUUUGACCAAAUCAGGACACAGGCUCACUUAAUUUUUUUCUGCAGUGGCAUUUUGAGGUCUUUCUCAGGUCUCCUAGGUUUCCUUUCUAUUGUAUUUUCUAUUUACUUUUAUUUUUCCAGACACUUUUUAUCUCUUCUUCCCACAAACUUUUUUUCUUCAAUUCCUUUUGGAAUAAUUACUCAGUUUUCAAAUUGACUUCUUUCCAUUAAUAAUUAGUUUUCCUGUAGCUAUUCCAUGAAUUUAUAGUUACCUUUUCCGUUGUUAGGGAUAAAAAUGUAAUUAUCACUGCUUUUUUGAAAAAGAUAAAAAGAUAAUUCACAUGCUCUGAAUGGUGUCAUUUUGCUUCAAGAAAACAGAAAUAUCAGUGAAACAACAGUUUUCUGUCAUGAGGUCUGAGAACCUAAGACAGCAGGAAACUGUUAUGAAGAGGUGAUGUCUCUUUACCUUUCUGAGCUAAAGAAAAAAUCUAAUGUCAUUUAACAACUUUCUUCUGUUUUACUAUAAUUUUUUUAAUACAUGGAAAUGACUUUAGAAUGGACUUAAAGAAUUGUUGGAACUUGCAGGCAGUGAAGAAAGCAAGAGGAUACUCAAAUAGAAAACUCCAUGUUCGGUACUGUGCUGCAGCAACUGCCUGACAUCUUUUUUAAAAAUAACAAGCAAGGAAAAAGGCUAUUUAACCAGACAAGUCAUUAAUGAUCGUGUAUGGUGUCUUUGGAAUAUUAAGAGCAGAAAUUGCACUGUUACUAACAUGUAUAUAUAAUAAAGUAUACUUUGCUAUGGCAUCUUGG